GGCUGCACGCCCAGACAGCGCUGUCUGUCUGUUGGCGCGAGCGAGCAAUUGCGUGGCCCGGGCGCAAGCGCGAGGGGCGAGCGACAAAUUGGACCUUGCUCUCUCUUUCUCUGCCUCUGCAGGAGUUUCGUCGGCACAAUGGUGGAGGGCGAUGUCGUCGCAGCUCCAUCGCCAUCGACAUGUCGGAGAGUGGUGCUGCCCAGCUUGAAAUCGCGCGGUCGCGGAAGCGGAAAUGUGAAGGAAUUUGGGUUCCAGGUUAUGGAGAAGUGGGGCGGUUUGGAGCUCGCCGUCGGGGCGAGCUCCAAGGCUCUGCAGGUGAAUGUAGGUAGGACAGUGGACCGAGCGAGAAAUGUCAUGGGGGAUUUCUCCUCAGGGCGCGGUGUUAGGAAGGAAUUCGAGGCGUUUUGGACGUGGGUUUGUGAGGAAAGUGUGGCGAAUCAGGAUGCGUUCAGGUUCAGGAGCAGGGACAGGCGAGGUAGGCCGCAGGUGUCGUUCGUGGCGAGCACCACUUCUUCUCUGCACUCGACAUUCUUGGCCAGCACUGCUGCCAGUUUAGGAAAUAUGAAGUGGAGGAGGCAUGGUUUGAACGACACUCUGGACGGGUCCGUUAAUUGUCUGAGCGCAACAGAGCUGUUGAAGCAUCCCAUUGCCAUUGUAAGCUUAGUCCCGCGAGAGCUCUCGUUGUUUUUCGCUGGAGCGGUAGCGGGAGCCGCUGCCAAAACCGUCACCGCUCCACUCGACCGAGUGAAGCUCUUAAUGCAGGUGCACGGAGUACAGGCGGCUCAAGCAGGUGUUAAAAAAGGAAUAGGCUUUAUCGAGGCCAUUAUGAAGAUUGGAACGGAAGAAGGAGUGAAGGGCUAUUGGAGGGGGAAUCUCCCGCAGGUUAUCCGUGUGAUUCCUUACAGUGCUGUUCAGCUUUUCGCUUACGAAACUUACAAGAGACUCCUGAAAGGCGAUAACGAAGAGCUCCCUGUCCUAAGUAGGCUCACAGCAGGGGCUUGUGCAGGAAUGACUUCUACCCUGGUCACGUAUCCCUUGGAUGUAUUGCGUUUACGCAUGACGACUGAUACAGCCGCAAAAAGCAUGGGUCAGGUUGCUUUGAACAUGAUGAAGGAGGAGGGUUUUGCCGCUUUUUACAGGGGCCUAGGGCCGUCUCUUCUCGGGAUUGCUCCAUAUAUUGCGCUUAAUUUUUGCGUGUUUGACUUGGUCAAAAAGUCCCUUCCAGAGGACAUCCAGAAGAGGCCAGAAGCGUCCUUCUUGACCGCAUUGGUAUCAGCUACCUUUGCAACUACUAUGUGCUAUCCUCUUGAUACAGUUCGACGCCAGUUACAGAUGAAGGGGACUCCGUUCAAAAGCGUCGCUGACGCAAUUCCUGGUAUUAUCGCUCGAGAUGGUUUUGUUGGACUUUACCGUGGUUUUCUUCCUAACGCUUUGAAAAAUCUUCCCAACAACAGCAUUCGUCUCACAACCUUUGAUGCAGCUAAGAAUCUGAUCAGCCUAAGCCAGGACGAGUACGACAAACUUGUGAAAGACCAACAAGAGGCAACGACCUCUUCGUAAAUUAAGUCUACAUUUCGAAUUAACUUCACCCGGAAAGAGCCCAUUUGAUUCGUUCGUCACACACUGUAAAUUAUGAGUUAAAUUAGUGCAGAUCUUGAUAUAGAUCGUCGGAACGAGGUUUAGAUAGUCUACAAUACCUAAUGCCAGUAGAAUCCCCGCACCAACACCCGCUGGUGUAAGUUUUGUUCUUGUUGGCGUCAGCCCGCAAUAGUUAGAACAUUCUUUGGAUCACAGUGAAUCCUUUACGCAUAUCGUAGUUCCACUUCCAUCAAUUAUUGUAGCAAGAUACGAACAUGGCAAGUAUUGCAUGCAACUCAAGAGUGACCCGGGGUCUCAGUCAUCCAGCAUACAGACUCUUUCAGGUGGUCCUGUAACAAGUAGAGACUUUAAGCUCUAAAGCAGAGUUGCCUUUAUCAUAGUGUACCCUACGUGAGCACGAAAAGUGAGCACCGUUUGGAGGGCCACCCAGGAUAAGUGAGUUUUGCAGAUCGUCAACCAUGCUACCUCGUAACAUUAGCAAAGACAGCCUAUGGGAGACUCUAGAAAGGAUCUAGGAGGACGCUGGAGAAUGUGUUUUUACGAACUAGGGGUGUCUUACUUCUAUAUUUAAAUGCAAACAGUCCGGUGUCCGACC